AUGGCGUCUAGUAAUGGAAAUGUUAAAAUUCCUAUAAAUGAGCCUGGUGAAGGUAAGAAAAGGGGCCAAAUAGAAGAAUUUUAUGAUUUCAAUGAAGGGCCAGGUAUUCAGCAUGUAGCAAUUAGAACAAAGAACAUACUUGCCACUGUUAAAUCCUUGUAUAGCAGAGGAAUUGAGUUCAAUACUAUGACACUGUCAUACUACGAUGAUUUGAAGAAACGCUUGGAAAGGGAUGGUGUUCUUAUAUUAGAAGAUUUAAAUGAAUUGAGAAAACUUAACAUACUAGUGGAUUAUGACCCAAAUUCUAGGAACAAAAAGACAAAUGUCUGCAACUACAUCCUCCAAAUCUUCACGAAGCCAUUCUCUGACAGGCCAACUUUAUUCUUUGAAGUCAUCCAAAGACGUCAUCAUAACGGAUUUGGAAAAGGAACAUUUAAGGGAUUGUUUGAAUCGAUCGAAGCUCAACAAAUGAAAAGAGGUACUUUAACUGAUCGCAUUUAA